AUGUUCGCCGCACGACAACGGGUGAGCCAGAUGGCUCGCCAGCUGCCUCGGGUAUCGCGAAAAUACGCCUCCGACGCCCACCACGGCCACCACGCUCCGCACACAGUCAACGAGUCCUUCGGGACCGGAUCCCUCGCUGCCGUCGGAGUCUUCUUCGCUGGAGCUCUGGUCUUUUCGCUUUCCCCCAGCGAGGGUGAGAACUCAGCCAUCUACAACCUCAUCAACAAAUACACCUCCAGAAACGAGGACUGGGAGGAGAUCAACCACGCUCACAGCGCGGCCGCUCGCCAGGCCGGCUUCGACCGAAACCUUUUCCAGUACGGUGGUUCUGGAAACCGCCAUGUUGAGGUGGCCUACCCCGAGGCUCUCCAAUCCCAUGGCGCACGCAACAUCCGAGCUGGCCAGCUUAUCAACAUUGAGAAGGUUGUGGAACACAUGAGACAAGAGCACCUGAAGGAGGAGGAACAGAAAGUAAAGGCUCUGGCAUUGGCACAGAGCAAGGAGGAAUAG